AUGCGCUCUGGUUUUAUUUGCAGCAGGGCUGAUCCAUCCUUGUUCUUCUUCUAUCGCGGGCGCAUCACUCUCUACCUCUUGGUUUAUGUGGAUGAUAUUAUUCUUACUGGAAGUGAUCCCCCCUUUCUCACUCAAUUUAUUGCUCGUCUUAAUGCUGAGUUUGCAAUUAAAUAUCUAGGAAAGCUUGGCUACUUCCUUGGUCUUGAGAUCACUUAUACUGCCGAUGGUUUGUUCUUGGGACAAGCCAAAUAUGCUCAUGAUCUGCUUUCCCGAGCUAUGAUGCUUGAGGCCAAACCUGUCUCGACCCCAUUGGCUGCCGGUUUUCAUCUUGUCAGUGAUGGAGUGGCUUACUCUGAUCCAACUCAGUACCGCUCUUUGGUUGGGGCCUUACAAUACUUAACCAUUACUCGCCCUGAUUUAUCAUAUGCCGUCAACACGGUAAGCCAAUUUCUCCAGGCUCCUACUAUUGAUCAUUUUCAAGCUGUCAAACGUAUUCUCCGUUAUGUUUGUGGUACACAACAUUUUGGACUUACGUUUCGCAGCUCACCUUCUCCCGCGGUUCUUGGUUAUAGUGAUGCUGAUUGGGCUCGCUGCACGGACACUCGUCGGUCUACCUAUGGCUAUGCUAUCUUUCUUGGUGACAAUCUUUUGUCUUGGAGUGCCAAGAAACAACCUACUGUUGCCCGCUCUAGUUGUGAAUCUGAGUACCGGGCCAUGGCCAACACAGCUUCUGAACUUGUUUGGUUGCUCAAUCUCCUUCGUGAACUUCGUGUUGGGUUGUCUGCGACUCCUCUCCUUCUCAGUGAUAAUCAAAGUGCAUUGUUUAUGGCUCAGAAUCCUAUUGCUCAUAAGCAUGCUAAGCAUAUUGAUUUGGAUUGUCACUUCAUCCGUGAGUUAGUUGCCUCUGGUCGCUUGGCUGUUCGCCAUGUUCCUACUUCUCUACAACUUGCUGAUAUUUUUACAAAGGCGUUGCCUCGUCCGUUGUUUGAAUUGUUUCGAUCCAAGCUUCGUGUUGGUCUCAAUCCAACGCUUAGCUUGACGGGGGGUGUUAAGAGCUAG